UUAUUAACACAGUUAAUGAAUACACAUGGUAUACAAAAGGUUGGUAAUUGCAGGCUAUUUAAACCCAUUCAAAUACAAAUAUCUAGUGGUUUGUACCUCGGCUCUGACAACUAGUCAGGUCUUCGGAAUCAAAAAAGCAAGAAAAAUAUAGUUGCAGUCUACGAAGAAAAAUCUUAAAUUUAGCAAAAAAUGGAAACAGCAGGUGAAAGUGAAACAAAAGAAACGCUGGAACCAGUAAGAGACAAUAUGCAGAGACACUUGUCGCCUUUGCAUACAACUCCAAAAUCGAAAGAAAAAAAGAAAAAAGAUGACAUCAAAAAGAAGUCGACGAAGGUUGAUGAUAAGAAAAAGGAAAAUGAGGAUGAGGACUGGGAUAUUCCGGAGGAGAGACCUCAGAUUAGCUCGGAUGGAGCAGCAAAGAUCUGGGACUGUUUAACAAGAUCAUCAGUCUUUAUAAUCAGCUCAUGUCUGUUCUUUAUCGUUCUUAUAUCCACCGGUUUAACACGCGUUAUCAUCCAUCUAAUGAUCUGGAAGCUAAAUCCACCAAAUCCUAGUUCCGCCGUUUAUCUAAAUAAGUUCGGUGGUCUGCUGGAACUUGUGGAAGAAAGGUAUUUUAUAACCAAUUGUUCUUCUGAGUGCGAUUCUGGAUACGUGAGGAGGAAUGAUUUACCAAGCUCUUGGAAAUGUUUUUCAACAACCAAUUCUACUUCGUGUAAGCUGCUUCAAGAGACUCCAACAGUAAAUGUUUGGUGGAUUUGGGGUCUCAUAAUUAUAAUAUUGGUUCCAGAUCUGUACUCUUUGAUUCUGGGCUGUUGGAGAAUAUGCUUUAAAGAGACGGAUGAGUUUAGCGUAGGAAUGUUGUUGAUCAGCAUUGUGGUGGAGACUCUUCAUUCUACCGGACUGUGCCUUUUGGUAUUUUUCGUGCUGCCAGCGUUUGAUCCUAUUAGUGCCUCAUCACUUUUGUAUCUCGUCGUUUUUGUUCCCUUAUUUCUGAGCGUGAUAUCUGAAUUUAAAUUCAGUCAAAUGACAAAAACGUACUAUAAGAUAAGUCCGCAAGCUGGAUCUGUUUCACAAACAUAUAAUAAUCCUGAAGAAAAAGAGGGAAAUGGGAAGCAACGCAAGCGAGAUUACUUCUUUUACAAACUAACACAAGUCAUUGGUAUUGUCUUCUUCGGUGUUUCCAUUCUUGUUGGAAUUCAUUAUAUGAUUCAAAAUACUGUUGAUGAAAAGGAAAUACUAUGCAUUCUAUUUGUCGUCUCAAUAUUACUUGUAUCUGUCGUUUAUUGGGAAAAUUUUCUCAUCUUUAGUUCUACUGAGAGCAAGGAAGCAAAUACAAACCAAGAUACAAAUGAGGAUACAAGUACAAACCCAGAAUCGAGUAAAGAACCGAAUACUAACCCAGAACCAAGUAGAAAUACAAAUAUAAAUCAAGAAUUACCUAAUUCUAGCAGGCCAAAAUUAUCAUGGAAACAAUUUUUAGUAAAAUAUAUAAAUUCUAGAAGAGAAAAAGUUUCUAGUUUGACAGCAAUUUGGAAAAUUAUUCUGACAAUAGGUCUUCCAUACUUGAUCUUCACUACGAGGUCAAUAGAUGAACCUCUCAAAGUCGCAGAAGCCAUUUCCUUUCUAGGAACAGCAAAAAUGAAGACCUUGACGGGAGAGGUUGUGUUGGAAUCCCAAGGUUACUCUUCAUUUGGAUGCCAGAGAAAUGAUAUAGUUUUACUAAUUGUCAUCGGCAUCAUUCUUGGUUUUAUCAGUUUCAAGAGUGCUCGGUUUGCAUGUAGGGUGUACCUUCAAAUUUGGUGUUUUUCACUUCCCCUUACCUUAAGCUUGCUCGCAACUCCUCUCGUUUUUAUUUCGAUCAUGAAGUUUCCUUUGGUUUGGACAAUACAGGAAUGUAGUAUUGUCCAACCAUUGUGGGAGUUGAAGUUCAAUGAUUUUAGAGAAAUUUGGCAAAUCUUUCUCGUUGGAAUACUAGGAUUCUUUAGUUGCGUUCUUCUUACUCUGUACACAUGGACAAACAAUGGAUCCAAAUUAUUAAAAUGCGAAAGGUUAUUUCGAAAACCUCCUUACUGCGGAUUAUUUCUAGAUUUAUCGUUGCUCCUAACGAGAUGUAAAGAUACAACGGAGCAGAUGGAGGAAGAAAUUGACGAGGAAACAGGUUUAAGAACACUUCAAAAGAAGAGUGAAGAUUAUUGUCUUCCAUUUGUGUAUUUCUGUGCAACUAUGUGGCAUGAAACUGAAACUGAAAUGACACAGCUUUUCAAGUCCAUAUUUAGGGUCGAUUAUGAGCAAUACCUUCAAAGGGAACAUCAGAGAGAAAUUCAACAACGUAGGAAAGGAUAUAUCAAUGAAGAUGUAUAUGAAUUUGAAGUGCAUAUAUUUUUCGAUGACGCUUUCAAGCCCCGCACGAAUAAAAAUGGAAAACCAGUGAAAGGAAUUAGAGUUAAUGAAUAUGUGAAGACUUUGGAAAAAGUUAUCCCCAACACAGCAAAAUCAGAGUAUAGAGGAUUUGAAUUAGAAGAGGUAAAGAAAUUUGAAACCCCAUAUGGUGCCCGAUUUGAAUGGACUUUGCUCACAGAUCAGAAGCUUAUAGUUCAUCUAAAAGACAAGACAAAAAUCAGGAAUCGAAAGCGAUGGAGCCAGGUUAUGUAUCUCUACUACCUUCUUAUAUUCAAAAUGAGCGAUGUUAGAGAAGAAGUUAAAAAUAACAACAAAAAACAAGGAGUUUCCAUUGAGACAUUUACUUCGAACACCUUUAUCUUGGCAUUAGAUGGAGAUGUAGACUUCAAACCCGAGGCUGUAACACUGCUGCUAGAUCGUAUGAAGAAAAAUCCAUUAGUCGGCGCUGCUUGUGGACGAAUUCAUCCCAUAGGAGCCGGUCCUAUGGUAUGGUAUCAAAAAUUCGAGUACGCAAUAAGUCACUGGCUUCAAAAGGCCACCGAACAUGUUUUUGGAUGUGUUCUUUGUUCCCCCGGAUGUUUUAGUCUGUUUCGUGGAUCCGCACUUCUGGACCACAACGUUAUGAAGACCUACACACGAAAGCCUACUGAAGCCAAACAUUAUGUGCAGUAUGACCAAGGGGAAGAUAGAUGGCUAUGUACCUUGUUAUUAAAACAAAAGUAUAGGGUUGACUACUGUGCUGCCUCUGAUGCAUUGACCUUUGCCCCGGAAGGCUUUUACGAAUUUUAUAAACAAAGAAGACGAUGGGCUCCAUCAACUAUGGCGAACAUCCUUGAUUUAUUGAUGGACGGUGACAACGUCAGAAAGAAUAACCAAAACAUUUCGAGGCCGUACAUUUUCUACCACAUUUGCCUAUUUAUUUCAUCAAUACUGACACCCGGGACAAUAUUUCUGUUGAUCUUAGGUGCAAUUAUAACGGCUUUCCCAUCGAUAGAGCCAUGGGCUGCCUUGCUGUUUAACGGACUGCCUGUUGCGAUUUUUAUCAUUUCUAUUUUCCUUGCAAAAGAAGAUACACAGCUUUUGCUUGCAGCUAUAUUUUCAACAAUUUAUAGCCUGGUUAUGCUAGUUGUUUUGAUAGGACUGUUAAAAGAAGGAAUCGAAUCGCAAUUAUGUUCCGUCACAACCGUUUUUUUUUGCUUCGUGGCUGGUGUCUUUAUACUUGCCGCUAUUAUGCACCCAAAGGAAUUUUCCUGUAUCCUCCACGGAUUGCUAUAUUUCUUGGCAGUUCCUUCUAUGUCGAUGCUUUUGAUCUUCUAUUCUGUUGGAAAUAUGCAUAACGUGAACUGGGGAACUCGCGAAAGUAAAGUAGAUAAUAAUGACGGAUCAUCUGCAAAAAUGAUUCAAAGACAAUUUCUUGGACAGUCCUGUUCUAUUGGGGACUGGUGCAGAUGCAUUAUGUGUGUCACUGAAAAAAAAGAUGAUCCAGUUAUAUCUGACGAUUCUGAAACGGACGAAGAUGAACAUCCAAAAGAUGAAGAGACUAAAGAUGAAGAGACUAAAGAUGAAAAGCCUAAAGAAUUAAAGCCAAAAAAUGAACCUUGUGAUGAAAACGAAACAAAAAAUAGCAAAACCAUGGAAGAAUGCGAAAAUAAAGACACAAAAAAAGAAAAGAAAGAGAAAAAACCUAAAAAAGACAAGGCAGAUACAAGAGAUGAAGAAACAAAAUCGCCAGAGGGCGUAGCAAAAAAGAAGAGCAAGGACAAACCUAAUCCCACUGAAAAGAAAGAUAAAAAGAAGCCUGGAAUUUUUGCCAAAUGUGAGCCAAUUACAGAUAAAGAACAGCAUUUUUGGACAAGGUUCAUAAAAAAAUAUCUCAAACCUGAAAAACAGUUAAACGAAAUCAAACGAGAAGAGUUGCAAAGCGAACUUAUUGAUCUUAGAAACAAGGUCUUCUUCUUUUAUUUCAUCACUAAUGCAAUUUUUGUAACGAUUGUUUAUGUCCUCACACAAGUGAAUGCUCGCGAAAGCACUCUCUCUAUACCCCUACCCUGCAACGUUGGUGACAAGCAAGGUACAAUAGAACCAAUAUCAAUAGCAUUUACUCUAGUCUUUGGUAUUCUACUCUUCGUACAGUUUUUCGGUAUGCUGAUGCAUCGUAUAUCCACUAUUUCCCACAUUAUUGCAACCACCAAAGUUUGUGGUAAUAAACUUUACACAAAGAAACCCAUUGUUAAAAUAGAGAAACCAAGUGCAUUUCAAAAUGAUGAUGUUACGCCAUUUAAAAACGACAAAAAAGAAAGAACAGCAAAACAUAGAUGGAAUACUGUCAAAUGGGGAAUAGAGCUGCAGAAACGUUCUAGUGGGCUGCGAAAACGUGACACGAAAACUCUUGUAGAUCUUAAAACUACUAUUCGAGAAAAGUUGAAAACUAUUACUGAGAAUACCGAAGAAGUGGAUAAGAUCGCUAGCUUUUAUUCCGAUGAACCUGUCAGUAUAACUAGUGUCAGAAACCCCGUACGGAGACCCAAACCAGUCAAGAAUAAUGAAGAGGUGUCGAGUAGCGACACACCAGGACCUUCAUCUUCUUAGAUCUGUAGUUUUUUCUCAAAAUUUCAUGUUUUAGUGGAUAAUAAGGACUGCAGUGGAGAAAUUCAUGCAACACACAUAUCUUGGUUAUUUUUUUACCACAUAUUAUGAUAGCUUUUUCAGGUUUGUGUUUAUUUUUUCUCUCUUUUAUCUCAUUUGUAGAGAUCUGGGUUCUUAUAUUUAUCAUAUCACCUCUAUUUUUUACAAAUCAAAAUAGUGCUUGAUAUAAUGCACUAAUUGUUAUGUAUAUUAAUGCUAGCAUUUAAACCUUUUAAGAGUUUUUCUAUUAACCCAGUAUAUACCCGCUAAAUGAUUUGUUGUGUUAUAAUGCAAUUAUUCACCAGAAACCAUAUAACAAUUUCUUGAAUAUCUUAAGUCUUAAGGACACAAAAGUAAAUGCACUGUUCAUUUUGUUAAAGCAAGGUAAAUUCAAUAGUAUUAUUCAGAAUUUUAUCGAAGUAAGACUAUUUAUAAUUAUAUUAAUUAAAGUUGUUUUUGUGAAUUUAUCGGAAUAAAUGUUGAGUGAAUACAAAAGGAAGAAAUAAAUUUAUGUCGUUUUGAGGAGGCUAUUUAUUUUUUGCUGUCUUGUAAGAAAGAGGUUGUGUAAACAAUAAAUUGUGAAAGUCUACAGCAGGCUCUUUAUUUGAUUUAAUUAUAUUUGGGUUUUGAACUUGCCAGUACAAGUAUUUGAACCUGGUGUCAGAUAAACAAAUUAAUCCAAAGUGCGGCGUCAGCACGUUGCACUACUUUUACUUAAUAAUUAAAAUAUGAACUCAAUAUUUACCCAAGUUAUACGAGUAUACCCUGGGUUGGGACAGUUUACGCUUUAUAAUUCGCGAAAAAACACAAAAAGGCGCUAAUUGCUACAACCAAGGUCAUAUAUACGAGUAUAAUUCGGGUAGAUAUUGAGUUCAUUCCUCUUCUCAAAAUUGAGCACGUCAGGUUGACUAGGUUAAUAAAAUCAAUAUCUAUACUUCUAUAUUAAAAUAAUAGACUCAACUUUUUUAGCUUUAAUACCGAGAAAUCGUAAGAGUACUGUCUUUUGUUUUAUAUAUUUUAAACAUCAUUGGUACUUGAAGGUUACCAAUUUGUUUUUAUUUUUUCUCAAUCAAGCUUCGCUAAUUAAUAAUUAACGAAAAUUCCUUUUAAAAAUCCGGAAAUCAUCUGCAUUUUUUUUAAAUUUUACAAUCAUGCGCAUUACAUUCACGCCAAAUCACGAGAGGCUCUUUAAUUUAUGUAUCCACAAUAUCACAUUUGUAUGGAUAAACUCAGAAACGAUGUUACAUAAACGGGUAAAUUUUUAUUGGAAAUUUGUCAUACAUUCUGUUCAUCAAAGGAAAUACGGGAGAUAACUCAGUGCAUUUAUUAUGAAAAAUUCCGAGAGUUCCGAAUGUCAACAUGAUGUGUAAAUUCGAAGCGAGUAAAAAAUGUUGGUGAAAAGUGUUAAAUUUCUUAUUAAUAUGAAUUAAAUUUUUAAAUAAAAGGUAUUUACAGUCUCAAAAUGGUUUGUUAUGAAUAAUUUGACUGUUAUUUUCAAUGCAGCUUUAUUAAUUUUCUCCAAAAUCGAUCGUUUUAGAGCGAUUCUGCAAUAUUGCUAGAGUCUAUGGGUCUAUGGGAGGCAUUUCAACUGUGGUGAAGGCCUGUUCCAAUACACAGUUAGAUUAUUAUAACUAAGCAAAGUUUAGUGAAAUUAACAGAAUUGUUGUAGGCUAAAAGCCUGAUUAUGUAAAUGUCAACAAUACGGUGUGUCGAUGUAUCUCUUUCGUAAAUGUCCGAUAUCAUAUGCAAUGCCAACCCGUGCACGCAACGGUCAAAAUCUAGUUCUUUGUUUAAAUGUACUAAGUCUGAUAAUUCCCACAUUAGCCCAUUGUCUAAUCAUGAAACAUUCUUUAAACAAAUUGUAUUUCCUUCCCGAUUUCUUGGCUAAAAGAUAAUACUUUUUCUUACUUUCUAAUAACCCAACAUUCCAAAUAUAUAAGGUCAAU